GCUGUCACUGAAGAGGUCCAUAAGAAAACAACAGUUAAACAGACCACAACUACAAAAACAGAAUAUCGCUGUGUUCAGUUACAGAAUAUCCCUAUCCCAUCUGUCAAAGGAAAGGUUACAGCUGAAGUCAUCAUGCCAUCUGGAAAACAAGAUAAGCCUGUUGUUGUUGAUAAUAAAGAUGGUACGGUUAGUGUGAAGUAUGAUCCAAAAGAAGAAGGUCUUCAUGAAUUGCAUGUUAAAUAUAAUAAUGAACAUAUUCAGGGUAGUCCAUUUAAAUUCCAUGUUGAUACUAUAACUAGUGGUUAUGUAACUGCUUAUGGUCCUGGUUUAACACAUGGUAUUGCUGGUGAAUCAUGCAAUUUUACCAUCUACACAAAGGAAGCUGGUGCAGGUGGUCUUUCAGUUGCAGUUGAAGGACCUUCUAAGGCAGAAAUAAGUUGUAAUGAUAAUAAGGAUGGAACAGUUGGAGUUUCAUAUCUUCCAGUAGCUCCUGGAGAAUAUAAAAUUAUGGUGAAAUUUGCAGAUAAACAUAUUAAAGGAAGUCCUUUCACAGCUAAGAUUACAG